GCUAUGACCACCCCUCACACCCAACCACUCCACACAUUGACUGUUCACUUGAGCCAACGUUCAAGUCAUCAUCAUCAUCACCAAAGACAUCACUAACACGCUCACGACACUGUCGUUAAAGAGCAACAAGGAGCAACAAGGGAAGUGUGAGGCCCCAGAGCAUCGCCUCAUCAUCUCAUCAAAAAGCCUCGACAUAUUACGUCCCACCACGACUGGGCAUCAUUCAGAAACACGUCUUGAUGCCCUUUUGGAACUUCUCAAGUCAGUGUACGUGUUUGAUGUAGCAUAGCUCGCCUAGACAUGCCUGGGGAGCUUUAAGCGUGACGCAAUAAAGAAGCGACAGUGUGCUAUGUUAACAAAACGCCUUGACUAGAAACACAUCGCUAAGCAGAGUGUGAAGUCUUUGGAUCGUCGUGUGAAAAUGUGUAAAGUAGAAAUGCUAAGAGCAUUCCUGAAUCAGCGACUGAGCGCGGCUGUCGACGAAAUAGUUGUAGUGUUUGAAAGAACGAUAGCAGAGUAUGAGGAGGAACUUUGUCGGACGAAAGAAGAAAACGAAAGACAACGUCAACUGCUGGAUGCUAUUUUCAUACCUCAAGUCUCGGUUCAGAGAGCAGAGGUCAGUGAAGAAAAUCAUCUUGUGCAGCAGGAGUGGAGCUCCAGGGUGGAGCAGCAGGAGCCGGAACCUCCCUACAUUAAGCAAGAAGAGCAGGAAGAUGACGUCACCAAUUUGCCAUUAACGGUUAUCCCCGUGAAGAGUGAAUGUAAUGAAGACAAAGGUCAGACUGAGCAGAACAGAUGGGCUGCGCCUCCAAGCAGCAGCUCAAGUCACCACAUGACAAGAGAAGGUGAUGGAGACCACUGUGGAGGAUCACAAGCAGAAAGCCUCUUGGCUCCACUGUCAGACAAUGACUACAUAACGGCACACUCGCCUGAGACUGAUGAAGAAGAACACUCCAAAGGUGAUAUGACAUAUCACACUGGCAAGAAACACUGGAAAUGUUCCCAAUGUGACAAAACCUUUGGCGUCAAGAUUAAUCUUAAAAGGCACAUGAUCAUUCACACAGGAGAGAAACCUUUUGCCUGCUCAGUUUGUGGUAAAAGAUUCACUCAGAAGGCACACUUGACAUCACACUUCAGAACACACACUGGAGAGAAACCUUUUGCCUGCUCAUUUUGCGGUAAAAGAUUCUCUCGAAGUGAAUGUUUGAUAACACACACAAGAACACACACUGGUGAGAAACCAUUCCGUUGCAAUGUGUGUGAUCAAAGAUUUUCUUACAAGUAUAAGAUUAAGAAACACAAGUGUCCCGGUGAGAGGAGCAACAAUAAAUGAAUGAAUAAAUGAAUAAAUCAUGGACGUUCUGACACCUUGACAAACUUUGAGUGCUUCUGGUUAUCUUGAAAAAUGUACAUUUGACCACCAGGAGUGCCACCUGGACCCCUCACAACUAUUACACAUUGUUUUCUUUUGCAUUUCAACAUCACAAUAAAUUUGAAAUGAACCAAUCAAGAUCUCACCGAAGUGACUUUCUGCGUGUUUUCACAAAAAGAGAUAAGAUGCAUAAAAUGUCUGCCAUGAUAUGCACAUCACACUCAGUCCCUCAAAAAUGUUUCCAUGUCUCUUGAACUUUUUCGCAAUUACAACCUCAAAAUUAUUUUUCUUGAGAAUUUGUAGUAUCGACCAACACAAUGUAGCACAUAACUGAAACAGAGAAAUUUUACGCACACGCACACACAGACAUACACACAAACCCAAUUCCAAUGAAGUUGGGAUGUUGUGUUAAACAGAAAUAAAAAGACUACAGUAAUUGCAAAUCAACCUAUAUAUAUUUGAAUACACUACAAAGUCAAUAUAUUUGUUUAAAUUGAUAAACAUUAUUGUUUUUAGCAAAUAAUCAUUAACUUUGAAUUUUAUGGCUGCAAGGCAUUCGAAAAAAAGUCUGGACUGCAGGCAGGCCAGGGUAGUACCACUCUUUUACAGCAAAGCCAUGCCCUUAUAACGCGUGCAGAAUGUGUUUUGGCAUUGUCUUGCUGAAAUCCGCAAGUGCAUCCAUAAAAAAAACCUGCAUGUACAUUUCGCCAUUAAUUGUUCCUUCACAUAUGUGUAAGCUUACCCAUGCCAUAGGCACGAAGGAACAAACAUGAAAUAUCUUUGUAGUGCAGGGGUCCCCGAGAACCAUAUCCUGCCUGUUUUAGAUCUCUCUCUCUCUACUUCAACACACCUAAUUCAAAUGAUCAGCUCAUCAGCAAGCUCUGGAGAGGCCUGAAAAGCUAAUGAACACUUGUUCAUUUGUUUUUUUUGACGAGCCCAUAGUGCUGCGUUUUGGAAAGAUUUGGAGAAAUAUAUGUUGUGUAAAACAAAUUACAAUGAACGGAGAACAGAUCAUUACUGUGUUUGAAUCUGAAGGAAAAAAAUUGUGUAAUAUUGUUCAGUUACAUGUUUUGUUCAGAAAAUUUCAUAUCCAUAAAUGUGAAUUUCUGAAUUCCACCCUGUUAUUUAAAACAUUUUUGAUGGAGGUAGAUUAUUAUUUUAAGUCUCUUGAUCUAAUGAAAAUGUAGAUAAAUAAUUGCUAUACAUUCAGAAAUGUUUAAAGAGAAACUUAUCCCCUGUUUUAAAAGACGUAUGAUUUUAAUUAAUUUUCUUUAUUAUUACUCCAAGAUUUUUUUUCUUUUAAUAUAGAAUUUAUUUUUGUUUUACUGUUAUACUGUAUAUGUAUGUAAAAUAUGUUACAGUAAUUGCAUUGCCUGAUGGUUGUGUUGUAUGUAUUUUGUCAAAUAAAAAAGAAACUGUGAAUGACAAAA